AUGCCAUCAAAGGAAGAGUUGGAGAAACGACUUGACUCACAAAAAGAUCUCCUUCGUUUCUGGGAUGAGUUGAGUGAAAAAGAAAGGGAAACGCUCAGUGCACAAGUAGAAGAGAUUGAUGUCCAGAAAUGCAAAGAAGCUUUCCUCGAAUCUGAGCACAUCCACGUGCCUGAUUUGGAGAAGGUUCGACCAGUGCCCGAUGAUCGAUACAUUGUCUCGUCAAAGUUGCCGAAAGAGGAAUUGCAUCGCUAUUUUCGCUUGGGUCUUGAGGCAAUUUCCCGCAAUGAGCUGUGUGUAUUGGUCCUAUCUGGAGGCCAAGCCUCUCGUCUCGGUUCACUUAUUCCAAAGGGUACACUGCCAUUGGGUUUACCCAGUGAAGACGGGCGUCCUGUUGUAAAUGGUGAUAGUCUAUUGGCUAUACAAGCCUCAAAGAUUCACCGCUUGCAAGAGCUUUCGCGUAAAGCUUUCCCGGGAACUUCAGGGAAAAUCCAGUGGGGUGUAAUGACAUCAUCGGGCACUCACAAAGACACGAUCGAACACUUGGAGAAAAUCGUACCGCUGAAUGGAUUAUCAAUGGAUGAUGUGACAAUCUUCUCGCAAGCGAACAUCCCAGCUUUUGAUUUUCAAGGAAAUUUGCUAUUGUCGAAGAAAGGUGAAAUUUGCACAGCGCCGAAUGGAAACGGGGGAAUCUACUCGGAGCUCGCUCAUCAUUUGCCGAAACUCCGCGCACGCGGUGUCAAAUAUGUUCAGACGUAUUGCGUUGACAACAUUUUGUGCCGAGUCGGUGAUCCAGCUAUGUUAGGAAUGGUUAUUGAAAAGAAAGCCGAUUGUGCGGCGAAAACGCUUGAGAAGAUACUUGGGGAAUUGAUGGGAUCGAUCACGGUCGAGGAUGGCAAAGCUCGAGUGACUGAGUAUUCCGAGUUGGGCAAUCUCGAGUCGAGAGUCGGCCCUGAUGGGAAACUUUUGUACAGAGCGGGCAGCAUUGCCAUCCAUUUCUUCACUAUGAAUUUCUUGGAAAGCUUCUGCACUCCCGAUUUCCAUUUGCCGUAUCAUCGCGCGUUGAAGAAAAUCGCAUAUGUUGACGAACAUGGCGAACUCCAGAAACCCAGCGAACCAAAUGGGAUCAAAUUAGAGCAGUUCAUCUUUGACGUUUUCCCAAUGAGCCACAACUUCUACGCCUGGGAAGCGGUUCGAAAUGACGAGUUUUCACCGUUGAAAAACGCGGAAAGUGUUGGAUCGAAUUGUCUCUCGACGUGCAUUCGAGAUUUGGCUGCACAAUCGAGGAGUUGGCUCGAGAAAGCCGGAGCGAAAUGUGUCGACGGGAAACAGGUGUUCAUCUCUCCAUCACGGAGCUAUUGUGGUGAGGGUUUAGAGGAAUUCGCCGGAAAAGAGAUCACUCAAACUAUUAUCCAC